CUCGACACAGGGACAUUCUAUUCGGCUGAAACUUUCAGGAUAUUCUAGGUAUAAGUAUAACUAUCUAUGGUAGAAAUUUCAGAUGAAAACUUCAUUAUUUCAUUUUUCGAUCAGUACCUUAAAAAGGGUCGAAAAUUCAAUAAAUCAGGCCUAACUCGGCUCCCAAGGCGCAAUGGCACGAACCCUUUUAGACUUUCUCUAGUCUCACUGAGAUCUACUUGUGGGCACAAUAUGAGCUGAAACGGUGGGUAUUACUUGGGAAUGUUCCCUCGUUAAUUAUGAUAUUACUCAUAAAUAUACACCACCAUGGUAUGAUGAAGAACUACAAGGUCUGGCUGCUGGUAGUGGUGUAUUAUAUAAAGAUAGUCGUCGACUUAAUCUACUUCCAGAAUUAAUUAAUGCUGCAUGCAGUAUAUUAGGAACAUGGAGUGAAUCUACAAUAUCAUCAACAUUACUUCAUCUUCGUUCAUUAGAUUGA